AAUAUAACUCAAAAACUAAAAACGAUUUUCAAAAACGGGUUUCACCAUCGAAAAGAUGACACUUUCUUUUAUAAAUCUUCCAAGUUUUAGAAUGAUUUGGUAAGAAAUCGAUUUUUUUAAAUAAAUGUUGUCCCUAAAUGUAUGGUUAAGUUUAAAACUUUAUAAUAUCUUAGAAAUCUGUAUGAAAUAAUGUCAAAAUCCUUGACACAAAAAAAAAACGAUCACAACCGUCAAAAAGUGUUGCUAAAGAUCUCAAUUUUAAAUUUACAAUGAAGAGAACUUCUCGUUUAAAAAGACCGACAUCUUCAAAUCAAGCAGUUGAUGCCGAUGGAAGUCUUGUAUCAUUUCAAAGUUUUGAUAAAAAAUCUGACGAUGAACGCUUGGCAUUUAUUGAUAGUAUCAGAUACAGUUGGGCAUCAAAAUUGGAUUUUAUUUGGUCCGCAUUAACGUGUAUUUUUUCCGUGGAUGCUUUCGACAUUCUCAUCCAACUGAAUCCUCUCGAUCCCGGAGUGUAUCAUUUUAUUAUAGCAGUUUGUUUCUUUGCACUUCCAGUUUAUUAUAUGCAACUGUUAUUGGGACAGUACACCCAACUUGGGGUUAUAUCCCUUAAAUAUUUGAGCCCGAUUGCGCACGGCGUUGCAAUCGUUUUCAUUAUGAAUUUAUUUCUCAGGACGAUAAGGCAAAGUAUUCUUUUAGAUGAUGCGAUAGUGUAUUUCAUCACUAGCAUGCAAAGUGAGUUGCAAUGGUUGAUGUGCCCACCAAAAAAUGAUAGGGAGGGAUGCCAAAAAGUGCCUUGUUACGAUGGAGUUGUUAAUUGUUCUAAUUUGCUUUGUGGUAAUGGAACUAAGUUGCAUUUAUCAGCCGAAAUUUUUUAUUACUCCCAUUAUAAAAGUAAUAUGGCAAGAGAUAUUAGUACUGUUACGGUGGUAAUGCCUGAGUUUCAAAAAAUUGCUAUUCACGGUAUUUGUUGGUUUUGUACUUGCGUUAUAUUAAUUUGUACAAUUAACCAUUACAUCAAGGUGAUCAAAAUUCUUCGUGUAACCACAAUGAUAUUGCUUUUAGUGUUAAUACUGGCGGUGACCGUUCCAAAUUUAGGUGAAACUAUAUCUGAUCUUUUCGCGAUCAAACCAGAAUCUUUAACGAAUAUCGAUGCGUGGUUAACAGCAAUUCCUGCAUCGUUUGAAGUUUUAGCGGUGGGAAGAGCUUUCCAUGUCAUUCACGGUUCUUAUUUAAAACCUAGCGAGUCUUGGACAAUGUAUGCAAUCAUCGUAGUGAUUUUACAUUUUGGAUCUUUAGUGGCUUGUUGUCUUUUUACAACAAGUUGCAUACAAAAUGUAUCUAAAUAUGCACAAAUUGAUGAUGAACAUCGACAUCUUUUUUUUAAUCAUGGAAGUCAAGUACUUUUUGUUGCAAUACCUCAAGCGAUUGGGUCAAUGGGAAUCCCUCAAAUGUGGAGUUGCUUAUUUUUUGCCAUUAUUAUCAUGAUUAAUAUUAGCCAACAAUUAGCCCAUUUAACUUUUAUACAAAUGUCGUUGAAUGAUAUUUAUCCGGGAAUGGUGAGGUAUAAGAAAUAUGGGGUGAUUCUUUUUAGUAUGAGCAGUGGACUUUUAAGUUGCCUACUUUUAGCACCUGAGUCUUACGCAGUUUUUGUUGUAACUGUUAGAUAUUUACCUCACGAUUCCACCGCGAUGAGUGUAAUUUUAAUGACAUUUUUUGUGUGUUGGGUUUACGGCGUGCAAAGAUUUUGCGAUGAUAUCCACUUUAUAACCGGGCAACCACCAGCUAUGAUAUGGAGAAUUUGUUGGUACAUCUUACCAUUUACUUUAAUCAUCACAUUCGUUCAAUUUAAACUUCGCAGAUACACCUACGACAGUGUUAGUCUCUUGCAAAUCGUUUUAUUAGGAAUAUUCACCUGCCCGGUACCAAUAGUUGCGAUCGUUGAAACGUUUAAAUUCAUCAAAGCGAGAAAUUUAAUUGGGUUAUUUCAACCCCAUGAAAGAUUCGGCCCACCUGAUUACAAAGAACGAGAACUAAGACGAUUAUUUAAUCCAAGAACAGAAACUAGAUGUAGAAGAAGAAAUCAACUCUGCAAACACCGCUGUUUACUCGGCAGCAAACCCUUAUCAAUGAUAAAAGAAAACGAUAUUGAAUCUUCAAUUGGCGAUUCUCACUUUGAGGAUGAAAUUAUAUUUGAGGAAUUAAAAUAGUUUUGAGAAAAUUAAACAAUAUGUUCUUGGUGAUGUCUCAAGAGAGAAUUGAGAUGUCAUAAUAAUGGUUAAAUUAAAUUAUUUUGAUUUAUUAAAAUCGUAUAUAAUCAUAAAUAAUCUUAAUUGAUUCAUUAAACAUUGUUUGUAGGCCAUGAAAUUAACUGGGACCGUAUAAAACAAAAAUCAAACAGUUAUUAACGUUUUUUCUUUUAGUUA